UCCCGGAAGCAGCGUCCCCGGGACUGCUGGCGAGGAUGGCGGAGAGUCCGGUGGCGGAGGAGGCGGCGACGGCGGCCGCGGUGCUGGCGGCGUUGGCGGCCCCCCUGGACGGCGCGGGCAGCGGCGGCGGGCCGGGCUCCGGCACGGGCGGCGGUGGCAGCGGCGGGCCGGGCGUCUUCCUGCCCGCCGAGCUGUGGGCGGUGGCGGGACUGGCCUCGGCCGGAGGCGGCUCAGCGGCGGGCAGCGGGGCCGGCCCGGGGGCGACCUCGGUGGCCGGAAUCCCCCCUUCGGCUGCCGGGGUGCUGCUCUCGCACUCGGCCUUUUGGGACCCCACCACCAGCGGCGACUGGGACGGGGAGAGGCCGAGCGGCGCCUGCCUGCUCCGCAUCAAACGAGAUAUUAUGUCGAUUUAUAAGGAGCCGCCUCCCGGAAUGUUUGUUGUGCCUGACACCCAUGACAUGACCAAGAUUCAUGCGUUGAUCACAGGGCCCUUUGACACGCCUUACGAAGGGGGUUUCUUCUUGUUCCUGUUUCGCUGUCCUCCAGAUUAUCCCAUCCAUCCGCCACGGGUCAAGCUGAUGACAACCGGGAAUAACACAGUGAGGUUUAACCCUAAUUUCUACCGCAAUGGGAAGGUCUGCCUCAGUAUUCUAGGCACGUGGACCGGUCCAGCCUGGAGUCCUGCCCAGAGCAUCUCAUCGGUCCUCAUCUCCAUACAGUCCCUGAUGACUGAGAACCCCUAUCACAACGAGCCUGGCUUUGAGCAGGAGCGGCAUCCGGGGGACAGCAAAAAUUACAACGAGUGCAUCCGGCACGAAACGAUCCGGGUAGCCGUGUGCGACAUGCUGGAAGGCAAAUGCCCUUGUCCGGAGCCUUUGCGAGGAGUCAUGGAGAAAUCCUUCAUGGAAUAUUACGAUUUUUAUGAGGGGGCCUGCAAAGAAAGGCUCCAUCUCCAGGGUCAGACGAUGCAGGAUCCCUUCGGCGAGAAGCGCGGACACUUUGACUAUCAGUCCCUCCUAGUGCGUUUGCAAGGAAUCCGCCUGAAAGUGCAGGAGAAACGCCAGCAGGAAUACCCGGAUAUAGACUCAGAGAGCAGCUCCUCUGAAACGGAGACGGACACGCAAGGAAGCAUUAAGGCCUAGCCACCUCCCUGCCAGAUUGCUUGGGAAACCCGAGAAGCAAGGACGGGUGCUUCUGACUCCUGACACUGUGGAGGCCCCAGAGAGACCCGAGAACCUGGCUGAAUACGGAGUGGGCACGGACGGAGCCGCGUCACUUUGUCCCCUUGCCUCCUUUAGUGCUCUGGUCCAGCGCUGUCCCAACUCAAAGAGGAUCCGAUGCUAAACCGAACCGCAAGCGACUUUUUUUGCAAAACGGUCCAUUCUGUGCCGGAGACUUAGGAACACCUGGCACAAAGCGAUACUCUGGAAGCUCCUGCGGUGGGGUGGGGGUGGGGGGUGCAGGUUUUUGGUCCCCUCUGGAUUCGAAAAGAGCAUGAGGUUGUGUAGAGCAUGACUCCUCGUCCUGUUGUUUUCGUUUCACAACAUGCCGCAUAUUCCUAGCGCCUCCCUACCAGCUGGCCUCCGCAACACAGUAGACUCACAACAACAGCCAGCGCCUGUUCAAUGCACUUUUAACAGUUGGUCACCAGCCCCUCUUUCCCUCCUUAAAAAGUUUGGACGUAGCAUCCCAGUAAAGGUUGGUGUUGCCUGUCCUAGACAGACCAAAGAGGAGUCACUUCUGCUGGGCUUUAAUGGGAUUCUUUAAAAAUAAGUUUUCAAAGCUUUACUCUGUUCUACAGCUUCUUCCCUCCCUCCAACCCAGUAGCAGUUUCAGGCAGGAGAGGAGCAGAAGAGACCGUAGGAAAAAUUCUCCCAUUUAUGCGUUUCUUCCUUAUGAGCAGCCUUCAAGGGUAAACUUAUUCCGGCUCAAUUAGGGAUUUCUUUUGAUGGUCUUCAGUACCCUUCUGCCGGUUCCUCUUCCCCCUUUCGCAAAUUCCAUAAAAUUAGCCCAGGGGAGCUUUAUUUAGCAUUUUAGUUCAGGAAAAGGAAGGGUGCAUCGAGAGAGCCAGUCCUGUACAACCGUUGAUGCCACAUGCAGGAGACAAGAGAACAGGUUAGUCAGUAAUCAUGGUUUUAAAAGGCGACGCUGGUUUCGAGGCUUUGACGAUGCUCUUUGAGCAACUUGUAUUUGCGACUCUCAGGAGCAGCGUCUGGAGUCUGAUGUGAAAAAGGGGUGAGAAACAGAAGCAGCUUAGGAAACAUCAGUCCAAGUGGGCUCUGCGUGGCCUAGGAGGAAAACCGAACUGUUGAAAAUGCUGUGUUUGAAGAACCGGGGGUUCUUUUGGCAAGCCGCGAUACGGAACUCCGCAGCGCGUGAGCGAGUAACCUGCCGUCAAUCCCUUCUCUUUGAUUGCUUCCUUGCGUUGAGAACUGAGAAGGUUGCGGGCUGAAGGACACGCCUUCUGCAAAUUGCGUCGUGGAGCGGUUAUAACCAUCCAGCUAUCUGGCAGGUGUUUUUAGGCCUGGAAAUGCAUCUUUCGAGAGAAGGUGGGAGGGAGGGAGAGUUUUGGAAGCCUUUCAGGAGUACGUAUUUCAUUUCGCUUCUAGAUAACUGCUUUUAAAACGUUAGAAAGCUGGCAAAUGUCCCUGACUGUAAAAGUGUAUCCUCUGAUCCCAGCAAACAAAAGUCUUGAUGCGGAAGCAAGUUUUGACAGGCAGAUUGGCUGUGCUUGAUGCACAAAUCCUCCUCUGCAGGGAGACUCUCACUCAGCCAUCUUAGUAACGCAUAUGGAAAUGCACAGGUCAUGCCCCCUUUCCCACCUGCCUUUGGAAGCCUGUAGGCUUAGCCAGGGCUGUUUGUUUGCCAGCGGACCAUUUCCCCCACGCACAGGUCUGCGGUUACUCCCACACCAGUCUGGUUUGUGGAGGGAGGCGUUUUGCUGGUUGAGAACCACUCAUGAACCUUCCCAUUAGCAAACCAGCUUUUACAGACCUGCUUUUGCGAAUGGGGUGGAAAUGUACCCCCACAGAGAGACACCCACACCCCCUGCUGCAAAGGAGAAAACAACCUUCAAGGGUAUUAAUAGCAGAUGGAAUUAAAUAAUAAUAAAACAAAAAUGUGUCUAGCGUAACUUUGCAUUUAGAUACCUUCUGGAGGAGACUUCGUAAGGUAAGCUAAUGUAUCAUGUUUGUUUUUAAUCUCCUUGGGUUUCAUGCAGCAAAAGUUAGUUGUGCUUGAACUCCUGUUGAAAACAGCGGGACUUGAGCGAUCAACUAAGCUGUUUCAGUCCCGCUCUGGUCAGUCGGAAUUAGGUAGGCCGAAUAUUCUCUGGACCGCGUCAAUGUGUACAUUUGGCUUUCUCCCAGUCUACAGUCACCAAGGUUAGAGGCGCUUCGGAUACGGAGUACCUGUGAUUCAGAGAUCUCCAUUUCAGAUGCAUGUUGGCUAUUGAACCAUUUCAUAUACAUUUCUGUUUCAGAACAAAACAUGAAAAUGCCUUAUGUGGUUAAUUCUUUUAUUUUUUAACAAAACAAUGCAGCUCGCAUGUGAGUGUAAGAAACAAGCAAAGGAAUAUGGUUUUCUAGCUGCCCCAUAGCCAUCUGUUUUCUGAAUGUGUCCGUCUUCAAAGUGACAAUCCUAGAUGACUCAGCUAGACAAAUGUUUAGUGACAGAACUUUUAGGUCUAACGAGCUAAAAACAAUGUGCAAGGGUAAUAAAAGUAAAUAAAGACCUUGUUUAUAUACAAUUGUACAUAAAGGUUUUUUUGUGCAAUAAAGUUUGUUUUGGCAGGA